AUGAUCUCGUCCCCGGACUUGCUGCCUUUCACCGGGCCGCAGUGCUUCGGCGACGAGGCGGAGGGAGACAGCGGCGGUGCAACGGCGUGGGAGCUACCUGAGGAGCUCUCCGUUCCGCCUCUCUCCUCCUCCGUCGGCAGGCACCCGUGGUUCUCCGCGGCCGGCUUCCAGAAGGACUUCGUGCUGGUGGCUGAGUUCUCUGAGCAGGUGGGGCCCACACCAGUGAUGACCAUACCUGAACAGGCUGGCGAGUCAGAGUCCUUGGACUUAAACCACUUCUCCGUGCGCAUCAUGUCUGUGGACUACCAGGCAUCAGGCCCCAGCCCCGCCUCCUCCUCCGCAGGGCCGCGCCUCAACUUCAACGAGGACUCUGAGGUGGUCCUCGGGGACUCUGCGGACUGGGCCUUUGCGUAUGUGCGCCACGUAACCCUUCUGGAUCUGGCGGCCCGUGGGAUGGUGCGUCCGUUCUGCAUGGCCUACGUGUGCUCACAGCAGACCAAGAUCAUGGAAAACUUUAGUCAGUUGUCAGCUGGUUUUCGCCGUGCAGCUGACAGCCUUAAGACUGGGAACAGGCAAGCCUUCUCCUUAGAGCUCCACAACAAGCUUCAUCAGUUGCAGUGCAAACGCUUGGCGCUGCUGAAGAAUGAUGGCAUUAGCAGCAGAGGUGAAAAGGGUGAGGAGUUGGAAGCAGUGGAGCAAGCCAUUGCGAUGCACAAAGAUCUUCUUCGUCAAGUUACUUCCUACCCAAACAGGAAGCUGAAGCAUCCCGACUUCUUGCCUUAUGAACCGGCCGAUGCCUGGACAGACAUGACUGUCAGCACACCUCCUCCUCUGCCAACCAUCCACCGCAGUGGGUCUGAGAGCGGCCUGAAGCCACUACAGGAACUCUGCAAUGCCUACUUCCUAUCGCUGAUGACGGAGCAGCUGGCGCUAACAGAGGUCUGCCUCCGUGGUGAUAUCACCACUCUACGCAGUGCUAGCAUCACGCGCUCACUGAACAGGAAACUCAGACUGAUCAAUUUCCUUUUUGAGCAGCCUGAGGCUGAAGAGGAAGAGGAGGAUGGAGAGGAUGUGUUGUUGAGGGAAACGGAAAGUCAGCCAAGCUUGGACGCGUGUGAGCAGACAGGAGAAGUAGUGAGCGGGGAGAUGACAGGGAGCAUCAGCAGUGGAGACAGUAUACAAGUGAUUGGCACUGAGAGAUCCUACAAGACCCUAGCUGCACCCGAUGUGUGUCUCACCUCACAUCUCCUCUCCUUGCCUGAUGCCACUCUCACUGCCUCCGACACACCUAGUGUCUUGUCCACUGCUCCACUUACCCCACCUUUCAUCCCCUCCAAUGAAUCUUACACAACUCAUGACACGCCUCUUUCCUCACUAGACUUGCCUCUCACAGCUUUCGCAGACCCGGUAUCUAGGCGCAUCAGAAUCUACACCCGGAGGGCAAACAGCGAAGACAGCAUCGAGGUCCUUAGCACCACAGAGUCAAUCAUCCCCGAAGACCUCACCGCCAUCACUGAGGAAGAGGAGCCCACAAAUGAUAACAAAACAGAUGACAUGAUGAGGAAAUCUCGAGAUUGCAGUGCAUCAUAUCAGACAUUGCCCAGACUCCUUUCAAAGCAAUUGUCUUCCGUGCCAAACGCUAAUAAGGAGAUGGAUGGUGCUGCCGAGCUGCACUCGCCCCAUCGGAAGGCCCACCCCCUGGUCGGAAUCUCCUCAGAUGAGGCGGGACUACAAACACUGCGCUUUGUUAAACAAAACUCCUUCUCUCAUCAUGCAAUUUUCUGCUUGCUUAGCGGCCGCCCUCUUGUGUUGCUUUCCAUGGACGACGCAGAGCUAAGGAAGAGCGUUGACGCCCUGACUCCCUUCCUGCCAGCCCCCUGUGGUGCAGUAAUGCCGCGUUUGAGGACACCACUUCAGCUAAGCGAUCUACUCACAUGGAGGCUGAUUGGCAUCCACAGGUCUCAGUCAUCAGAUCCCCUUCAUUGGCUGAGCCGCUACAGCCGUUACGUGGGUGUGCUGGACCUGGACCAUAGGACGCUGCGCUGCCCGGCCUACUCGGGCUCAUUGGUGGGGUCUCUGGUGGGCUCCGCUGUGCCCACCGGCACUUUCCUGACGCACGUUAAGUGUGUCUUAACAGCACUUGCUAAACGAGUACUGCUCUUCACAUUUGCCCAGCAAGGACAGGAGGGACUGGACAAGGGUGACCUCAGUGUAAUGCAUUUCCUGUCAGACCUCAUCAAGCAGCAACAUAUUGGAAACGGACCGCCGGUGAUGCGAUUCUACUAUAUGGCGCUUCAUGUACACAAAAACACAGUCACUACAUAA